UAUAAUGUCGACUUAUCGACUAUGUUUUUUUAUUGGGCAACACUAACGCAAAGUACAUUUUCUGAGGGGUUGUAGGAUUUUUUGAAAAAUAAUAAAAAUCGUGUUAUAAAAAUGCUAUCACGCGCGGCUUUGCGUUCAGUCGUUGCCCGACAGUCCACGCCCACAGCGCUGGUGGCGGCCCGGGGCUCUGCCUCCGAAGUCUCCGGAGUGAGAGACGAGCAGAACUUCCCCCGUCCGGUCCGAGGGGAACCCGGCAAAGUCAGGCUAGGAUUCAUCCCAGAAGAAUGGUUCCAGUUCUUCCAUUCGAAAACCGGUGUGACCGGUCCGUACACAUUUGGUGUGGGUCUCACCACAUACCUGUUCAGCAAGGAGAUCUACGUCAUGGAGCACGAAUACUUCACUGGUCUGUCUCUACUUGUGAUGGUCUGGUUCGCCACUAAGAAGUUCGGACCAAGCGUAGCUUCCUGGCUUGACAAGGAAGUAGAUGCCGUGGAAUCCAGCUGGAACGAAGGUCGCAAGGAGACCAUACAAACUCUGGAGCAGGCCAUCGAGGACGAGAAGAAGUCCCAGUGGAGGGCGGAGGGACAGGAGCUGCUGGUGCAGGCCAAGAAGGAGAAUGUGCUGUUGCAGCUGGAAGCCGCUUACAGAGAACGCGCCAUGUACGCUUACAGCGAGGUUAAGCGUCGGUUGGACUACCAGUUGGAGAAGGCGACAGUGGAGCGCCGCAUCUCCCAGAAGCACAUGGUGGAGUGGAUCGUGAACAACGUGACGAAGGCCAUCACGCCCGACCAGGAGAAGCAGACCCUGGACCGCUGCAUCGCGGACCUGGGCGCCAUUGCCGCCAGGAAAUAGAUUCGUUAGAUUGUGUACAAAUUGUAAUUUAAAAUAAAUCAUCGUAACAAGUUGA